AUGGAAAGAGUAUUUGAGCAAUUAGAGUGUUCAGACACUGCCAAAUUUAACUAUGCUGUCUCACUGUUACAAAAAGAUGCUUAUGACUGGUGGGUAAGUGUACCGAAUGCCAAGGCAAAACCUUCUGUUCUUACUUGGAAUGAUUUUGUGAAAGAAUUUCAUAUGAAGUAUGUCCCACCUACUUAUCAUGAUGCAAAGAAAAAGGAGUUUCUGAAUUUAGAACUAGGGGGUAUGUCUAUUGCUGAAUAUCAACAGAAGUUUCCCAGGCUUUCUCGUUAUGCUGGUGGUAUUAUUAAUAACGAAAAAGAUAAGUGCAGGCGAUUCGAAGACGGUUUGAAUAAUUCAAUCAGAAAAUCUGUGGCGGUCCUACAACAUGAGAGCUUUUGUGAAUUAGUUUCAGCUGCUCUUGCUUGGGAAAGGAUCGACAAGGAACAAACUAGUAGAAAUGAAAAUAAGUUCAGAAAAGCUGAUGCAGAUUUAGGAGGUCCAUCUAAAAGGGAAAGGAGAGCUUCUAGUGCUUGUUUUAACUGUGGGAGCUUCGAUCAUAAAGUGAAGGAUUGUCCUAAUCCUAACCCUACUUCUUCUCCGCGUACAGAUGGCUCAGUUCAGAAACCUAUUGCCAUUCCUUCUCAAGGGAAUAAAUAUGCAAGAUCUAGAAACAUGCAAGCAAUAAGUGCAGGUGGAGCUAAUCAAGCUAGUGCAUCAAGAGUUCACGAGCUUAUGCUAUGA